CUUUAAUCUUUCAUUCAUCUUCUUAUUUUGUGGACAUAACAUCGCGGAGAUCUCUUUUUUAACAUGACUUUGGAAUCCAACCUCAACCAGUUUUUCCUUAUUGUAAAUGGCUUCAUUGUACUCUUUAUGCAAGCUGGUUUUGCAUUCCUUGAAGCUGGUUCGGUAAGAUCAAAGAACACAACAAACAUCUUGAUCAAGAACACAUUGGAUUUAUUCUGUGGCGCGACUGUGUAUUGGUUAGUUGGAUACUCAUUUGCAUUUGGCGGAGAUGGUGAUAAGUUUAAGGGAAAUGGUGAUGCUUUCAUUGGUCAUGAUAACUUUGCCUUGUCUGGUCUUGAUGAGAAUGAUUAUGCGAAAUGGUUUUUCCAGUUUGUAUUCGCUGCCACAGCUGCCACCAUUGUCAGCGGAGCCAUUGCAGAGAGAGCUGAGUUCAUCGCUUAUCUUGUUUACUCUGCAUUAAUAACAGGUUUUGUUUAUCCAGUCGUCACUCACUGGGCGUGGUCAGAUCAUGGUUGGCUCAUUAAAUCACUUGAAGACGAUGACAUUGUGUACCAAGAUUUUGCCGGGAGUGGUGUAGUUCAUAUGGUUGGUGGUAUGCUGGCAUUAACUGGUGCUAUCGCUGUAGGACCUCGUAUUGGUAGAUUUGAGGGCGAUGAUAAGACAUUACUUGGCCAUACUGUACCGAUGGUCUCCCUUGGCGGUUUCAUUUUAUUUUUUGGUUUCCUCGCAUUUAAUGGUGGUUCUCAGGGUUCGAUUUCCAAAGAUGGUGAUGCAGCAGUUGUUGCAUUAGCCAUUGUCAACACUAUCUUGUCAGGAGCUGGAGGCGCCAUUAUGGCAAUGAUUAUUAAGCGAAUAGCGACAGGCUUCUUUAACGGACAUUGGAGCUUGCUGACAACCAUAAAUGGAGGUCUGGCAGGGAUGGUUUGUAUUUGUGCUGGUUGCAACAACGUUCAUCCUUGGGCUGGAUUUGUGAUUGGCCUUGUUGCUGGUGUUGUGUUCAUGGCGUGGAGCUUUCUGAUUGAGAAAAUGAAGAUUGAUGAUCCUCUCGAUGCUGUUGCAGUACAUUACGGAGCUGGUUUUUGGGGCGUGAUUGCUGUUACUCUCUUCAACAAAGAAAGUGGUGUGUUCUAUGACUGGGAUGAGCUGGCGUUCAAAAGACUGGGGUGGAAUUUACUUGGUGCUAUUGUAAUCUCGGCCUGGUCAUUGAUUUGGGGCUUAAUAAUUUUUAUGUCUCUUAAACUCUUUAAAAUUCUUCGCGUACCUUCUGAAAUCGAAAUUAAAGGGCUUGAUGUCCCAAAACAUGGUGAACCAGCCUAUCCUUAUUCGAGUUAUGGUGAUGGAUGGGGUGAAAAUCCACCGAAAGUGAAUGGUAACAGUAAUGGAAUUGGUCUCAGCAACCGCGCUGGAAGCUAUGACAUCAGCGUUACAACACAUUGAAUUGCAUUACAUUUAUGAGUUACAUUAUGUCAUUAGAAUUGUAAUUAAUUGAUCAUAAGAUAAUUAUUCAAGGCAAAACGACACUGUUAUUUUAAAUAAAACAAUAAUAGCCGGGAAGUGCAGGUUGUGCUCGAAAAAGUGACACAACGCAUACAACGAGGAAUUUUCUUUCAAACUAAUCGACAAAUUUGUAUACAUUUCUGAGGAGUAUUAAGUAUGCCAGUCAGAAUGCUUAUUUUUGAUACGUCUAGUAUAAAAUGGUAAAUAUUGUACGUACCUUCUAACUGCAUUAAUUAGUCAAUAUCAUUUUAAGCAUUCAAAGAAGAUCAUCACAAAAAGAGACGCGGGUGAAGUUUACAGUUUAUAUUAUAUUUUUAAAACAUUUAUGAAACAGGUUAUUCAGUAAUGCAUUUGCCACAAUACAGUUGCUUUUUUAUAAUGUUAAAUAGCUAGAAAGAAUCAUCUUUAUCAACUAAAUUUAACUUUGCAAUACACACGAAAAGAUGCGCUUAUGUCACAAUACAACUGCUUUUUUAUUAUGUUAAGUUCUCUGGGUAAAGUUAUCUCAUGUAAAUUACAAGCAUUUUUGUUGAACGUUACAGCGAAAUUUGUCAAUGAUUGUGAUCAUCAGCUUGCACUUUAAAUGACAAGGUCGUAUUGCGUCUUUUUUCCAUUUUUUUUUGCUUCAUCUUGU